CCGUUUUGAAUGUUCAAUUGGCCCUGACGAAAGCAUCGAUAGUGUCAGUGCCGUGUAAACAAAAACAUCAGCGACUACGGUAGGACAAGUGUGGCGAAAUUAAUUAAAUAAAUUCGAAUUCUCUUUUGUUUGCUUGCGUGUGGAUCCGUGUUUUUUCGGUUGUUCUCGAGAUGAGUGCCUCAAAGCCAAGAGGGAAAAACUGGACACAGCUGGAGGAUGAAGUGCUAUGUAAAGCAUGGCUAGAAGUGUCUCAGGAUCCAGCCGUCGGAACGUAUCAAAAGACAGAAAAACUAUACGCCCGUAUAUUUGAAAAAUUCGUCGAGAUAUGUACGAUGGAUGGCGUACCGAAUUCGGAACUACGGGCACCGAGUGGCAUCAAAAGCCGGUGGCACACCAUAAACAAAUGUGCUAGCAAGUUUGCCGGAUGCUUGGCUCAAAUAAAUGCUCGCCCACAAUGUGGUGCUUCUCCCGAGGAUAACCUGAAGAAAGCACUGGCAUUGUACGCCACUAAGGAAAAGGCACCAUUCACACUGAUCAGCUGCUACAGGUUGAUGGAAAGUGCCCCAAAGUGGCAGCAAUAUCACGUAAAGGGCCCAGCUGUGAAGCGAUCCGGUGACCACAUCUCAAACGACGACGUUGAAGAAGAGGAUGCGGAUGCAAGUUGUUCAAAAACAAUCCGUCCAAGAGGCCGAGACGCUACCAAAACACGAAAAAUAACAGACUCAGCCACCCUCGAACUCGCCAAAUCGGGCAGGCUUUUGGCGGCAGCGGCUGGCGCAAAGGUGGAGGAUGGAUUCAAGCGGACAAAAGCACUUACAAGAAUAGCAAACCACGCUAUUAUGUCUGUAGAUUUCAGUGGACUAAAUAGUGUUGCGAAGAGAUACUAUGAGCUUGAACAACAUCGCAUUUUGGAAGAAACACUGAAAGAAGUAGCUCCCGCACCUGAAAAUCCUAUGAUAGCUGAUAAGCGCAAGAUUCAGUUCCUGAACGGUCAGUUGAAGUUCUAUUUUCAGAGCAAUCAUAUGAAGAAGAAGCUGAAGGACUGGAAGCUGAGCACCUCAGCUUCGACGAGGCGGAAGGAGAAAUAG